AUCAACAUCUUUUAAAGGUGUUUAACUCAAAAUCUAAGUAGAGGCUUUGUGUUUACACGCUUUUUGGUGUCGAGUGAUCCAUCGCGACACCCCCCUCUUUUUGCCCAGUCGAUGGUAUAGUCCUAACGUCCAGCUGAUUGCUUUGAGUACCGUUCAAUUCUUCCAGUUCAAACUGAGCCGUUUUCUUUCACUUAUCGGGAAGAUUUUCUGUUUUUUAGCCGAAAAAGGGAUCGAGCUCGUCUCCGGGUUUUCCACCGAUUUGUGGACUUUAAACCGAAGACAAACGAGGAGGAUAUAUAUAUAUUUUUUUUAACUUGAAACUUGAAUGUUGGAUCGUUUUUUGCUCGCUGAACGACCAGGCCCCGGACUCAUCCCCAGCCUCGCGUUGCUGCCACCUCGGGGUUUUUGUUGGUCGUCAUGGGAGACACCAGCGAGCGAAGCAAAGCUCCGAGUCUACCUCCGCGGUGCCCCUGUGGAUUCUGGGGGUCCAGUAAAACUAUGAAUCUCUGCUCCAAAUGUUUUGCUGACAUCCAGAAGAAGCAGCCAGGAGAGGACUGCACCUCCAAGCCCAUCCAAAGCACCGGGAGUAGUAGCCAAUCGCCCGUUUUCAGUAGCGAGACGAGCAGUAGCAGUAGCCAAUCCCCUUUGUCGUCGUCGCCGCCCUCCAGCUCUGAGCAGCCGUCAGCGGAAGAGUCCUCGCCCACAUUUCCCAGCAUGAGGGAAGGCGUGUCGUCCACAGAAACAGCCCAAGGCACCCUCUGCACACCCACAAAACGUCCACGAGAAUCAGCGUCGGGCUCGGAGAGCGAGGCCACGCCGGAGAAACGGCCGCGGACAGACGAGCAGCAGCAGCAGCAGCAGGAGGAGGAGGAGGAGGGGAGCAGCGAGGAGGCCCGCGGGACGCCCAAGCAGAAGAACCGCCGGCGCUGCUAUCGCUGCCAAACCAAACUAGAGCUGGUGCAGCAGGAGCUGGGCUCGUGUCGCUGCGGCUACGUGUUCUGCAUGCUCCACCGUCUCCCCGAGCAGCACGACUGUCUGUUCGACCAUCUGGGCCGCGGGCGUGAGGAGGCCGUCCUCAAGAUGGUGAAGCUGGACCGCAAGGUGGGCCGCUCGUGCCAACGCAUCGGGGAGGAGUGCUCCUGAUUUGCCACGCCCGCGUUUUAUGACCCGCCAUCCGGUUAGAGAUGAGGCGCUUACAAAGAGGAGGAGGAACGAGGAGGAGGAGGAGGAGGAGGAAUGACAUG